AUGCCGAAGCCAAUCACUUUCUACGAUAUCGCGUCUGGGCCGCCACUUCGCCCGUACGCACCGAACCCCUCCUCUGACACUGCCAUCAGAUAUGCUCUCAACUUUAAGCGUCUGCACUCCAGCUUGGACUACAGGACUUGCUGGACUGAGCUCACCGAGGUUACACAAGUCCGAAAAGGCCUUGGCGCUCCCCCGUGCCGAAAGCACCUGGACCAGACGGACUUUUACACCCUGCCGGUGAUAGUCGACCACACGCGCGCGACCGAUCAAGUUGUGGGCGACUCGUUUGAAAUCGCCAUGUACCUCGACAAAGCGUAUCCUAGCACCAGGCAACUUUUUCCUGGUGAUGCAGCUGCCUCUUACCGACAAUUCAACGCACAGGUCGACAUGGUCUUUACCAAAUACGUAGUCCUUUGCUUCCAAACGAUGCCUCUCAACCCGGAGACUGCCGCAAAGGCGAGAGCCGAGUUCUGCAGACGGGCGGGAAGAAAGGACUGGGAAGAAUUCAUAGUGUACGGCCAUCAGAGGACAGCUAUGCUCAACGAAUUCGAGAGGGCGCUUGGACAGCUGUCCGAGAUUUAUGGUGAGGUAGGCAGUGGUGUUCACCUCACAAGAAAUGUGACACCCACCUAUGCGGAUUUCAUCAUAGGAGGCUGGCUAUGGAUGAUGAAAGAGGCGCUGCCGGAAUGGGAUAAAGUUUGCUCGUGGCAGGAUGGACUGUGGGGGAGGCUGCACGACACCCUGAAUGGAACAUAUGGGCGGGAUGAUUGA